CAAAAGAGCGAAGUGUAAUUAUGUGCGAAGUCAGACGAAGUUAUGACACUUAUUUCCAAGAAAGAUUUUAAGACUUUCUUUAAACAUACUUUUUUGUUGAAAUAUAUUUUAUCUCGUGUGUUACAUAGUUCGGAGUUAAAGUUGUUAAUAUUAACUAUCUUAUUUUCACAUAAUAGUCUUGAUCUGUCUACUUAAUCGCAUAUAAUAUGUAACUAAUCUACUUUGUUAUACAUAUAGUACAACGAAGUCAUUAAGUGGUUAGUAGUCAGAUCUUUUGUUGUCGAAAUAAAAGGUUUUGUUUUUGUAAAAGUAAAUUAAUGGUUAAUUAAUGUCAGUUACCUUAAAUCGGUGUAAAAUGUUAUCCUUGGGACAUAGAUAUAAAAGAUAGUGGUGAAAAAAGACAGUGAAUUACUUUUUUACUAUUUUGACUGGAAUGUGAUACGUGCGUAGUUGUAUUAUUUUUUCCUUCUGGAGUGUUCACUAAAACGUAAAAAAAUGGCAGUCAAAAAACAUGAGUUGGUUGCUGACAACCGAAACCAACCAGACUUGGCUGCACUGGCGCAAUACUUUCAAAUGAUGAAUGAUCAACCUAAUUACUUGCCUCCACCACAAGAACUCGUAAAACAUUGUCAAGAUAUUGUAAAAUGCCUCUCGCGCACUACGGGCACUGUGGAACAACUGUGGCAAAUGCUUCAGCCAGUAGAACAGUUCUUGCUUCGCGUAGUGACGACAGUGCACGGUGAUGUUCGUCAUGAAAUUUUCACCGCAAUUCUUGACAAAUUUUACUCCUACAUUUCUGAUCCACAAUCGGACGCUUGCCCAGCCACUGCAGCUGUUCUGAUUGUUAUUGAUGAGUCUGAUGAAGAAUCAGCUCUGUCUGCCGCUCGUUGGUUGGUUCAGCAACGUGAGAAUGGUCCAGCCGGAGCAGGUCUCCGGGCCGCAUUAUCUUGCCUAUAUCGUUGGCUGUAUGAAUGGCAUGGAACCCCCGCUCUGGGAAACUGGUUGAUCGCUUACAUCAAGGCGUUAGAGGAGAAUGAACGAUUCGACGUUCUAAUAGAGACGAGCGUAGAUAAUGUCGCUAAACUGUUUUCAUCUAUGGCAAACCCUGCACCGCUACAGCAGAAGGCGGCAGACGCUAUUUUUCACGUCCUCGCUUCAUUACGCGAAUCAACGGAGGCUUUUGAUAGAAUUUCAUCACAUGUCGGUGAUGUUCUUGUUAACCUCGCUGCGGACAGCGGUCAAUGGAGUCGACAGCUCCUUCAAAACUUGGUCGACAUUCUAACUGCUAUGGUCGACGGUAUUUUGGAAUCUCUCAAGGGUGACGCACAAGAUUUGUUUCGCGACAAGUAUGCCGAUGUGAUUCUAUGCUUGGAACGUCAUAUGGCGUCUCGAGCGAGCAGCUUUUUGCAACUACCGCCUUGGCGCACUCGUAACGUGUGUCUCCCGGCUGUAAAUCCUCAUGUACCGAUGAGGAAGGUGGGUCUCCUCAACCUUGGCAACACGUGCUACAUGAACAGCGUGAUGCAAGCUCUACUUGUUGCUAGGCAGUUUAGUACACACGUUGUGCUUAAGAUGACCGCUGUGCCGUAUUGGGCGAAAAUGAGCGUUCUCUUUGCUGAGAUGAUGCACUCCAUAUCGACUAAGCUGAAUCCGUCUGAAUUCUUCAGUGUCGUGAAACCACCUUUCUUCACAAGGGACAAUCAACACGACAGCUCGGAGUUCUUGGGAUAUCUGUUCGAGUUGCUGCAGUCCUACGAGCAUUGUUCGGAUCGAAAUUUCGAUUACACCAGGCCGCCUGUGCUCAACGGUGCCAGCCGCCUGCGCAUGAUUCAUCCUCAUGUUCAGCAACAAUCCCCACACGCCGGCGAUGAUCAUGCUGAAUCGAGCCAUAGUCGUCGUUCUGUUUCGCCGAGACCCGGCAGUAGUGCUGCUGGAUCUAGUUCAAGUGGCCACAAACGCAGCUCUGGCGAGCAAGAGACGUUGGUUCCACCAAAGAAACGUUUUCGUAUGAGCGAUGCUACGUUUCUACGUCGUGACUCCUUCAUUGAUAGCAUGUUCGGAGGCGUCUUGCUGACUCGUGUUGAAUGCACCGUGUGUCACGCAUCAUCUUUAUCACGCGACGUGUUUCGAGACCUCCAGUUGGCUUUUCCCGAAAAACCAGAAGGCUGGCAACACAGCGUCCAAAGUCUUCUGGAGUAUUAUUGCUCCAAGGAAAGUCUCUCCGGUGAAAACAAAUACGAAUGUCGCGAUUGCGGUGGUCUUCAAGAUGCGGAGAGGAGCGUGCUCAUCGAAACCACGCCAAAAUAUCUCAUUCUGGUUCUUAAGAACUUCAAGUUCGAUUCAAAGCUGCAAGUGCAGACGAAACUGAUGCAUUCGAUGUAUCACAACCAUUCGGUAACACUGCCGACGGUCCGUUCGCAGGCGGUACAUUCCGUAUACAACUUAUUCGCCGCCGUGAUUCACGCAGGAACCACCCUGGACUCUGGUCAUUACUACACUCUCGCCAAGGAUAACGAUCAGUGGCACAAGUACAACGAUGACGAAGUUACAUUCGCUGAUGAGGGCCAAUUGAACGGCCUUAACCGGUCGAGCACGCCGUACAUACUAUUUUACAGGCGCACUGAUAUUGAGGAAGGUACGGCACCUUCACUGGAAGAGUUGCCGCCGAAACUUCAGGAAUUGGUAAUGGCACACAAUAAGCAUUACGUUGAUACUGUGCGCAAAAUCCGUCUAACGCGUCCAUGACGGUUAAGAUCCGACAAAUUCAUCGAUUUUUCGGUGUUGGACUAUGUAGAAUCUGAAUAAAGACUAAGGUCUUUAGAAGUACUAGACGUAUUAUUUUGCAUAAAAUAUCAAAGUUACGGUAUAUAGUUUAGUUAAAAUAUAUUUACUGUUAUUAUUUUUUUUGUUAUUUAUAUCAACAAGCUUAGUAUUUAGCUUGCACGUUAUUUACAAAGCUGGUACUAUAACUGUAACAAGGUCUUACGAAUCAUUCAAGAUUUAUAAUAUUUUAUAAUUGACUUCGAUUCUGGAAAUAGCUACGAUAGAGUAUUUAUUAAACGAUGCAAUGAAUUACAUUAUAGAAUUACGAUGAAUUUGGUCGAUAUACACUUACUGAUCUACACAUAUUGUGCUCGUUUUCUUCUCACAAGGGAUAACUCUUCAGAUCUCCCAGUAUGAGCAGCGUAUUAGUAGAUUACGUAUUUAAUUAUCGGUUAUUAUGACACUAGGUAAAAAAGAUAUUUCAUCAAUGAAUAUGAAUAUUCACGUUUGUAAAUUAACCUUAAACAGCUAAUGUUUAUUCAUGUGUCAUAAUAAUUCACUGUUACAUAUUAUGUAAUAUUUUAACAAAGUUGACUAUCUUGUUUGCGGCUAUUGCAUCGAAAUCUUUUAAAUCUAUUAAAGUACAUGACGUUUCCAGGUUUCGAUUCGCAAGCAAUAUCUAUAUUUUUUAUUCCAUAGACGUGGAAUAAGGUUCA